AUGGCCGAAACACACCCAGAUGUCAACCAUGUCAACGGCAUCGAUACAGACACUACAAACGACGAAGUUCUGCUCGCCGCCACCAACCACGACCUUGAAACAUUGACGAGAUUACUCCGGAGCAACCCAGCCUUGGCCAAAGUCCAAGAUGCCGAUACCGGCUUCUCGCCUCUACAUUGUGCCAUCGCUUCCUGCGAGCCUGACGAAGACUUUGAUGCAGAUGCUGGCGCUGGAGAUGCGGUGCAUAGUAACGCCUUGGACGAGGACAGUGCGCUAGCCACGGUGAAACUGCUCUUCGAGAACGGCGCGAUCUGGAACGAACUUGACAACGCUGACGAGACACCUGGCUGCCUUGCAUUAAGACUAGGUUUGCGGCAAGUCUACGAUGCAAUCGUAGAAGCAGGUGUAAGAGCCGAAUUACUAUUUGGACGUCUCGACGGGUAUGAGCUAUUGGCUGGUGGUGACGAAGAUGCUGAGCCAGAAGAUGAGGCGAUUGUGGGCUUUGAACCGUCUCCGGUUGAGGUCCGCAGGCCGGAGCUGCCGUUGCCGGUCACAGAUGCCCAAGCAUCGACCACGACCGAGCCAAUUCUCGCGAACCCGAACGUGAACAAUGAAGACUACCUCAAGUCGGAGCUUACCUACUCAGGCGACCGCCUGCUGGACUCAGAUAAGAAUGCUGUCAUGAUGGAUUGGGAGACGGAGAUCAUGAAGAUAUCCGCCGACCAACUCAGUCCUCGCCAGGGACUCCGCACGAUGAAUGUUGGUCACGGAAUGGGAAUCGUAGACUCCAUGUUCCUACAACACGAGCCAGCGAUGCAUCACAUAGUUGAAGCACACCCAGCUGUACUCAAACGCCUGCGGGAAACCGGUUGGUACGACAAGCCCAACGUCACCAUCCAUGCUGGCCGCUGGCAGGACGUCCUUCCAAAACUGGUGGAGCAAGGCGUCGUGCUGGACGGCAUCUACUAUGACACGUAUGCGGAAGACUACAAGGACCUCAAGGAGUUCUUCACCGAGUAUGUUAUCGCCUUGCUUGACAAGGACGGUCGCUUCGGCUUCUAUAACGGCCUAGGCGCCGAUAGACAGGUCUGCUAUGAUGUCUAUUGGAAGGUCGUGGAGAUGGAUCUUUUCGAUGCGGGCCUCGAUGUGGAGUGGACAGACAUCGCGGUGCCGGAUUUGAAAGGCCGGGAUGAGUGGAAUGGGGUGCGGUAUCCUUACUGGGGCAGCAUUGAGACUUACCGUUUGCCGACAUGCAAGUUUGUGGGCUGA